UGUAAAAAGUGUCUAUAUCGAACAUUUAAAAAUUAUGAGCACUGUUCAUACUUCAGACAAGCUUUUACGCGCUAAUAACGCAUCUUUUCGCAGCCAGGGGCACCUACCAGAACACGUUUCAUCUUCAGCUUCCAAUUAAUAGCCUGUCUAUGCCAAUUACUGAUGUUCACCUACAGCUGUGACUGCAUCAUGCAAGAAAGCACGAGCGUAGCUUUGGCAGUGUAUAAAGGACCUUGGUCAUUUUUGCCUGCAACCGAAAGCGGUAUGAUGAUGCGAAAAGACUUGAUACUCGUUACUAUAAGAUCUGGCGUACCUUGUUGCAUAACAGGCUAUGGAUUCUUCGUCGUGUCUCUAGAGACAUACACUCGGGUUUUAAGUACUGCGGUAUCAUAUUUCACACUGUUAAGACAAACUACACAGGAGACCCUCAAUUCGUAA